AUGUCAGAACCUUUUGACGCGAUGGUGUUACCCGAGAAUCCGACGUUGUGGUUGUGCGCCGCCCUCUCUGUGUUCAGCUUCCAGGGUGCGUAUGCGGCGAACUCCUUUGCUGGAUCAAGCCUGUACUAUGCCACGGGCCUCUAUCCGGACUCAAUUACUACUCUGCUGCAAGGCACGAAUAGUGCCGGGAUGAAAGUCCUCCGCUUUGGAUUGGGGGUCAGUCUGAAGACCAGAAAGGCACUUCCAUCUCUCCCUUUCCGGACCUGGAGCCCAACUUGGUUUGCUAUGGCGUGA